UAAAGGUGAUAUAUUUGCUGUAAAAUUGUUACCAAUGCUGAAACAAUUGCAAAUGGGCCUUCGAGCGUUUAUGCUACUGGCUUCUCGAGUGUGGACUUGUAUUUGUUUUCUAAUCAAAAAGAAGGACGAAAAGAACAAUGUCCACUUUUGAAGGCAAGUUGCUGGAAGACAGUCUCCAUUACAUAAGGAUUGACCAAUUUGAGCCAAACAACCACGAUGGAACAGUUUUCUUUUUAUCACAUUUUCAUACGGACCAUUUUAAAGGACUGUUUGGUGAAGCCUUUUUGAAAGUAUUGAUUGAAAAUGAAAACAAAAAACUUUAUUGCACUCCAGUCACAAAACAUCUAAUAAAAAGACAUCCUAGGUGUAAAAUCCCAGAUCAUAAAAUAAUUCCUUUGGUAGUCAAUGAAUGUAAACCUUUAUAUUAUGAAGGGCAACAUAGAGUGGUUGUAAGGGUGUUGCCUGCAGGACAUUGUCCAGGCUCGGCCAUGUUCUUGUUUGAAGAAGAAACAACAACGGGAACAAGAAGAGUGCUCUACACAGGCGAUUUCAGGAUAAAUCCUGAAGAACUUUAUAAGUUUAAAGCUUUGCACAACAGUGAUGGGUCUUUGAAGAAACUGCAUACACUGUACUUGGAUACCACAUUCUGUGACCCAAGGUGGAUAUCAUUUCCAUCUCGAAAGCAGUCGGAGGAGGAUUUGAUCGAAAUAGCACAAAAUUGGCUUAAAACAAGUCCUGACCACAAAGUAGGAAUUUUGUACAACUCGUACCACGGACUAGAACAUCUAUUGAUAAAUGUAGCUGAUGUUUUGAAAACCAAGAUACAUGUGAGAGACCUUCAGUCAUAUGAGAACUAUGCUUGUAUUCCUGAACUUCAUCCUGCGCUAUGCCAAAAAGAAUCAGACUCCAGAGUGCAUUUAUGUUCUGUGAAAGAAAUGGAGUGGUGCAAGAUAUGUCGCAGUGAUCAGAUUAACACGAAGAUUAUCAAACCUUGUGCUCAGAGUUUUACUAGUAAACAGUUGGAACUCGGUCGACAAAAAGAAGGAAGGCCCGGAUUAGUGAGGAUUGCGUAUUCACUGCAUUGUUCACUUGAAGAGUUAAUUGGAACGGUAAAGUACUUGAAACCUGAUGUUGUCCACCCUUGUGCUCUUCCUAGGAAUCUGACAGAAGAACAGGUCCUGGCUAAUCUACUUCUCGAUGUAGUCAAGCUGAAACAAGAACUUCAAGAGAAGUCUACCUGCACAACUUCUCCGCCAAAGAAGAGGUUCUGUCGUUCACUCACACCAGAAGAGAGUGAAGUAGAAGAAGAAGAGGAAGAACCAAGUACACCAGAUAAAAGUAAACAUGGUGUACUAUUUUUUGUAAGCUGCAGUGAUGAGGAAGCGAAUAAACCGUUAUCACAGAAUUCUAUAGAUUCACCUCCUCUAUAAAAUGUUAACAGCAGACCUUUAGUUAUGUUCAUAGUAGUGACAUGUAGUAUGUACGUUACAGUGUGUGGGCAAGUCUUAAAUUAAUGAAAACCAACCAGAUUCACCAACUGUAUUAAGUCCACAAUUACUUAUUGUACUUUUUAAUUAAGAAAAAAUGUCCAACUUGCUUCACCUGGAAAAGAUUUUUAUAUGAGUGUAUAUGUGUGUAAGGUACAGCCACCUUUAAAUCCAGGCCGCGGCCUGGUAGAAUUGGCAACGUUGCAAGUGGUAUUGUCUAGCACCAGACGUCCCAUAAGAUAACAUGGCAGACAGGUGACACCACCUCAUUAAUUUGCGGAUUAUUAAUUUAAAUUUAAAUUUAUGAACAUAAAUGUAUUAAAAGAUUAAAAAUAGAACAAAUAGAAUUGCAAAUCAAAAUGAUAUUUAAAUUGAAAAUCAAUUUUUGUAUAUUUAAAGUGGAGUCAAUAUUUUCAUAGCCUAGUAACCAAGCUUUCAUAUUCUUAAAAAUAUACACUAAUCAUUAGCUGCAUCCAAAACUAAACAGCUGUUACAACCCCAAUUGUGAUGUUGCCACUUCAAAGGCCGCGGCCUGGAGUUAAAGGUGAUCGUGAUAGUAGUCAGUCAAAUCCAAUAAAUCGAAUCCCAUGUGGCGUGGAGAAAACACAUUAAAGAACUUGCAAAAAGUGUACGUUACUUUUUGUGACUUUUUGAAAAGUGUACGUAACUCCAACUUUUCUUAUUUUUAAAUAAUUGAAACAUUUAAUCUUCAAAUGAAGAUCGCUGUUUCCCGGCUUUUGAUUUACAUAUUGUUAUAAGGAUCUUCCAAAACAAAAGAUUUCUAUAUUAGUUUUUAAAAUAGAUUUUUAUACAUUUUACAACUACAUAUAUUUUUGUAAUGCAGUUCAUAUUUUCUUUUAUUAAGAUUGGUAUAAUGUUGUUCAUAACGUUUACAAGUGUUUGAAGAUGACUAACAAAAACUAAUAUUACAAUAAUCUAAGUUGUUUUGGUAACAUGUAGGUAAAUGUAUAUGCUUCUGUUUUGAUUAAAAAAAACUUGUAAAAUGUAAUUUUAAUAUACUUACUAUGGUAGACCUGAAUAUAAAUAAACGUAUUACAUUCUUCAUAUAAUUUAACUUAUUCCUAAGGCUAAUAAACCACUGUUAUGUAAUUAAAAAAUAUAUUGUGAUGAAUGGUUUGAUAGAUAAAGGGUAUUCUGGAUACUUCACUAAGAUAAUGUUGGUUACAAAGCGGUGCAGUAUAUUUAAUAAAAAGUUGA